AUGAGCAUCCACGGCCCUGGUUGCGAAGUGCCAUCUCGCUUCAUAGACUUGCAUCCUUACACCAACUGGAUAGAGUCCAAUAUUGGAGUGCUGGAUGCUGAGCAGAGACCACGAACGAUUUCCGAUGAUGUCAUACCUCCAGAGCCACAUCUUGAUAAAGACAGAGUGGUGAUAAAUUAUGGAGAGCCUGGUACUAUGGAUUUGUACUUCUUGCGAAAAGAACAGAAAAUUUUCGACGAAAUAAUAGACCAAAAGGAAUGGCAGAGUGGUACUUUUAGUUAUAAAUGCCCCAAUUCUGCUGUACAGAAUUAUAGUGAAAGAGGGUACAUCUAUUCCUGGCCCAAACCUUCAGCUCAUGCGUUGAUUACUAUAUCCUAUUACGAUAUUUUCUACAACAACGUGAAGUGUAUGAAGAUAAAAGUUCGAGGAACAAAGAGAAGUCCAAUCACAUUCAACACGACAAAAGGCUUCAUUCAAGAAGACUUAGAAAUCUUCCAACGACUUGGGCCGAGUACACAAUCAAAGAUGCUCUCCUUAGAUGAAAGAUGGAGUAGGUUGGAUUAUCUCAAGUAUCUCCACAUUUGGUUAAAGGUCAGAGUCCAUUGGAAGGCCUGGUAUGAGAUAGAGUUUGGAACUGGAUACCUGAGUCAUGUCAUGAAGUUACCUACAUCCUCAGACUUUCCCGAAUGCAUUGACGAGGCCUAA